AGUAAAGUCAUCGUGAGUUGACGUGGGGUCACGCGCCCAUCACCGGUGAAAACGAGUUACAAAUUCGGCUGUUUAUAUCCUUCCGAAGAGUCCACAAGUGAUUUUCCGAUCGAAGUUUCGCGGUGCCAAGUGAAGAAUCCAAGUUGGCCACGCUCGCAGUGUUUUCAGUGCGUUACAAUGUGCAGUGACAGCGACGCGAGGCGAUAAACGGACACCGAAACCAAUCGACGAGUUCUAGGGAAAUUGCGUGCACGCGAAGAAAGAAGUGGCGAAUUCUGUGUGUGUGAAUCAUCAAGUGCCCAGUGCCCGUCCCGAGAUUUUCACGGAGAGUCCUAGCCCGUCUGGCCCAUCCUCAGUUCGUGUCGUUCGCGUGUUGUUGUUUUGCAGAGUCCAAGAAGCGGAAGCGGCCGAGCCAUGAUUCACGUCGGAGACAAUACCUGGAACCUGCGGGUCUACAUCACCGACCUGCAGGUGGAGAAGACCCUUCGCGUGAAGGGCGACAUGCACAUCGGCGGCGUCAUGCUGAAGCUCGUCGACCCAGAGAACCCGAAGGAUUGGUCUGACCACGCUCUCUGGUGGCCUGCCAAAAAUAUAUGGCUCACACGAACCAGGUCAACGCUUGAUCAAGUUGGAGUGCACGCCGAUUGCUUGUUACAUUUUACGCCAAUGCACAAAGUCCUACGGGUACAACUCCCCGAUUUACGAUAUUUGGAUUGCCGCGUUGACUUCUCCAUCAAAACAUUCGGAGCCGUCGUGAAUCUAUGCAAAGAUUUAGGCAUUCGCCAUCCAGAAGAAUUAUCGCUUUGCAAACCACUAGAAAGCGAACAUUUAAAGAAAAAUUACUCGGAGUUUCCGAAAAGAGCGAUCCCGAUUGCAGAACAAAACGGUCACUCAUACCUAGAACCAGCACCUGACACAAAUUCCUUCAUACCGAUAAACUCCUUCAACGGCAGUUGUGGAAGUUUAGAUAAGCCACAGAACGGGACAUUCUCCUGUGCCCCGGUUCAUACACCACGCAAGCCAGCACAACAGAGCACACCUAUCAGCUCGCCGACAGGAACAUGGAAGCACAGUUCAAAUGGCUACGCAACCUUCAACGAUUCAUCAUCUAGUCUUGGUGACUUCACUGAGAAUCUUGCAACUAGUCCACAUCCUAGUCCAGAUGUGCGUGCAAGACUUGUACGACCAAAAUCACUUUUGGAGAGGGCUCGGAUGAAUAUCGGCUGGCUCGAUUCAUCGCUCUCCAUUAUGGAGCAGGGUAUCCGUGAUUUCGAUACGCUUUGCUUACGAUUCAAAUAUUACACGUUCUUCGAUUUGAAUCCGAAAUAUGAUCAAGUACGAAUCAAUCAACUGUACGAGCAGGCGAAAUGGGCACUGUUGAAUGAGGAAAUCGAUUGCACAGAGGAAGAGGCGUUGAUGUUUGCUGCUCUACAGUUCCAAAUCAAUCGACAAAGUGAAGUUCAACAGCCCGACUCAGGAAUCGACGCAUCCAGGACGGAAAAUGGAACGGAUGAUGACAUCGAUGCAGCCCUAAGCGAACUACAAAUAACCUUGGAAGGACCGAAUGCACAAAGCCAAGCCCACGAUAUAACGAAAAUUCCGGAGCUUACAGAUUACAUGUAUUUCUUGAAGCCCAAACGAUUCACCCUCAAAGGCUACAAACGAUAUUUCUUCACAUAUCGCGAUCUGCAUCUGUACUUAUUCAAGACCCACGACGACGUUCGACGACCCCCCGCGAUCGCUAUCAAUCUCCGUGGCUGCGAAGUUACCCCUGAGGUGAAUAUCGCCAGCGGAAAGUUCUCCAUAAAAUUGGAAGUACCACCGGAAACUGAUUCGAAUGAGCCGUACAAUGAAAUGUGGAUAAAAUGUGACGACGAGAAUCAAUACGCGAAAUGGAUAGCAGCAUGCCGCCUCGCCUCGAAAGGACGUUCUUUGGCCGACAGCUCAUACGAUGUGGAAGUAUCAAACGUUAAACAACUCUUGAACAUGCAAAAGCCAGCACAAGAGCCAGCAGUGAGGAUUAAUCCUGGAUCAAUUGAACCAGCUGACUAUUUGUCGUCACGCCAUUUCAAAAAGCUGCGAUCGAAGGGAGCACAACGGAUGUUGGAGGCACAUGCCAAUGUUCAAAACUUGACACUGAUGGAAGCGAAGAUGAAAUACAUUCAGGCGUGGCAAAGUUUACCCGACUUUGGAGUCACAUUGUUCGUAAUCAAAUUCGAUGGACACAAGAAGGAGGAACUGUUGGGUGUCGCGCACAAUCGUAUUAUGCGAAUGGAGCUGAGCUCAGGGGAUCACUUGAAGACGUGGAGGUACAACACCAUGAAGGCCUGGAACGUGAACUGGGGGAUCAAAUGCAUGAUGAUUCAAUUCCAGGACGGCAACAUCAUGUUCUCCUGCCUGUCCGCCGACUGCAAGGUCGUCCACGAGUUCAUCGGCGGCUACAUCUUCAUGUCGAUGCGAUCCAAGGAGACCAACCAAACACUAAACGAGGAACUGUUCCACAAAUUGACAGGCGGCUGGGUCUGAUCCUCCACAGCGAGCAGAUUUCGAAUUUUAUAUGUAUUUACGUUUAUUUAACUUUUCAAUUGUACAUAUUUAAGUUUUACAGUAAAGCUAAAAUCUGUUGUUAUUUCAAGAGACGUCGGAGGGGUCGAGGGAAGUUCACAGAUUCGUUAAAAGCACUUUUCAGUUCGAAUGUAUAAAGAAACACAAUGAAUGGCCAAAUAGCUCGGUAAACUCCCUCUAAAUUAACUUAAAGGAUCUAUUUCUGUAGUAAAAUAUGUUAGGAGAUUAUAUGGCAAGCAAGUAGAUAUUUUUAUACUUAAUAGAGUCACAGGCGUCUGACUUGGGUGGGGAUCUUUUCAAGGAAUGAUUUUUCUGUCGGACGACAGGGAAAGGUGCUUCCAGUAGCAAAGCCAAAUGUUGCCUUAACCAAUACUUUUGCAAACAUACUGAAUGAAGCAGGGCUUGAAACAACACUAAACUAUAUCAAUGACAAUGUUGCACAAUUUUUCACGUACGAAGGAUGAAAUAACUUUUCUAAACACAAACAUGAAUACUUACAAGAACCAACAGAACUAAAAAUUAAUACAAACAAAUCUAUUUUAAUGUUGUGUUAUGUAUAUUUAAUUUUAAUGUUAGAAGCGUAUUUUUAAAGUGUCUUUUAUGUCAGUUUUGCAACGUAGCUUAUUCUAAAACUUAAUAGAUCGUUUGCUGGUUAAAAAGUAACAUAAAAAACAGAAGGGAUGAAAAAAUACUACAAAAAUCUGCAUGAAAGAAUAGACUAAUAGUUUCAAACGAAUCCUAAUGUUUUUUAGGACCAACUGUUGCAUGAUAACUGUUUAGACCUCCAAUUUACACAUUUUUUUAUUUUAAAUUUUGGUUCCUCGAGAGUAUCGGACAAAACUGCAUUUGUUUACUAAAAAAUUCAAUCAUUAAACGCACAAUCUGACCACCUGGGUGUGGUCCACAAUGUGGAAAGGAUUCAACUUGAACCGAAAUCCGUUACAAUUUAACAUGCACACUUACGCCUGAGUGAUACAUUGCUGAUAACAAAUUUUCAGUGCCUUUGUCAAAACUAAUUUUUCUAUUGACUUUUGAAUGUUAUUUGAUGAUGAAGAAUUUCACCAAUGAAUGGAGAUAAUGCAAGGGAACAUCAUCGUAAUUUUGUAAAACAAAUUUUUCUUUAAAAAUCUUCGUGGAAAUAGAUAAAUGGAAUUGUAAUAGUCGAAAUAAAAGGAGAAAAUAGCAAACAAAUCAUGUAUUGUACUAAAAUUGUAUUUUUUUUUUGUUUCUUGUAAAUAAGUUCAAACAGAAAAAUAAAAUUAUAUUAAAAACUAGUAAUACUAAAAUAUAA